AUGGAUGCCAAAUGGAGUAACAAUACAGAAAGCAACGAAACCCACUGCAUAGUUCACAGCAAUGACUCCACAGCAAAAAUUUAUUUUAUUGUGUAUUACUUUGCUCUUCUUAUAAUUGGUUCUGGUGGAAAUAUUCUGGCACUUCACCUGUCCAUCAAAAGAAGAAAGAAAGUCAACUCAACUGACAUUUAUUUAAUCAACCUGGCAUUGUCUGAUGCCCUUUUUACUCUUUCCCUCCCUGGGCGCAUCACGUAUUAUAUACUGGAUUUUAAUUGGCCAUUUGGGGAAGCCAUGUGUAAAAUUACUGCAUUCAUUUUUUACACCAACACCUAUGUUGGGAUUUAUUUUAUGACAUGCGUUAGUGUGGACCGAUACAUAGCCGUAGUACAUGCUCUGCGAUUUGGUAAAUUCAGGAAAGAUCGCAUUGUUAAGUAUGUAUGCCCACUUGUCUGGUUUCUUGUACUUGUGCAGACCAUGCCACUUCUCUUUAUUCCUAUGACGAAUGUUAUCGGAGACAAAGUGACCUGCAUGGAAUAUUUCAACUUUGAAACUAUUCCUCAGCUGCCAGUUAUUCUCUUGGUGGCUUGCAUUGUCAGCUACUUUUUUCCGGUAGGAGUUAUCUUAUUGUGUUAUUUGAGAAUCACUCUUAAGUUGUGCAAAACAGUAAAAGAAAACCAGGUAAUUCAUAAAAAGGGUCAUCUUAAGACGGCAUUCACUGUUAUCAUGGUGAUCCUGGUCUCCAUUGUGCUUAGCUUCUCACCUUACCACAUAAACAUUACCCAGUUCAUGGUGAAAAGGCUGUAUUAUAAGCCAUCAUGCUCUGAGAACAAAGCUUUCAAGAUGUCCCUGCAGAUCACGGUAGCACUUAUGAACCUAAACUGCUGUCUUGAUCCUGUCAUCUACUUUUUUGCAUUUAAAGGAUAUAGAAAUAGGAUUUUAAGCAUGAUUAGAAGUUAUGUUUCAGCACCCUCAUUACCUACUGGGAAGACACAUUCAGAAAGCAACAGUAACAGCCAGAACCAAGUAUGCACUAAAUUAGAAGAAUUAUAA